ACCUAGUCAGUCUAAUGGCCGACUGGUACACACGUGGCAGCGUGGUAAAACGAUUCCUUACAAAGGGCUGCUCGUCUAGUUGAUUAUUGGAAUAUCCAUUGGUUGUCACUUUGGUUAAAUUUUGGCUUUUGAAGAAGUGGCGUUUUAAAUUCUGAAUUCCAGUACUGGAGCACCCCUUUCCCCUCACCAGUGUAUCAUUGGAUGGACUGGAGCUUGAAGCUCAAGUGUUGCGCUUUUGCGAUCGCAUCAGUGACACUUGGUCUGAGUGCAGUGUACGUCCAGCAACGUGCAACUUUGAGUCGAAAGAGAAGGAAUAUCUACAAGAUUAUAAUGGCAGCAGCAGCAGACGCAGAAAUCGACUGUUCGGUUAAUUCGGUUUCACAGCUUGUCUCUACCAUGGAACAGCUUAAAGUGGUUCAACAGCCUGCAAAAUCGCCAAUCAAUGGUGAAGAGGCUGAGAUCCCGGACCGCGAUUCAGCCAAUCACAGCCCUUCUGACUUCUUGACAGGAAAUUUACAUUCGGAUUCACACAGCGAGAGUUCGAACGACAGUGGCAAAGGUGGUUCGGACUGUGCCAACACCAAUGGUGACCAUCAUGCAUCGUCGCGCUUCGACGUGAUUACGCCACCGCUGUCGCCGCAUCACCCGACCGCCGCCUUGGCCCCCCUGCCGGAACGACUUUUCGUCUACGAGUUCGAAAUACCCCAGGCUUUGGUGGGUUUGCUUAUAGGAAAAUUUGGAGCUUUCGUUAAUCAUAUCAAGGCCAAAACGGGUGCAAGUUUGUUGAUAAAAGAUCGCGAUCGGCGCUACAAACUGUGCGCUAUUGAAGGCACAAAGAGUGAAAUUGAUGCUGCUCUAGUGUUGAUACGCGCGAAAUUUCCAACAAAACGCUACCCUAAUAUUACUAUGGCACAGAUAAACGUAGCUCCAGAAACAGCAGCGAUUCAACCUGUUUUGCCCGAUUCCAUUCAGUUGUUGCUUCCCCCCGAAGUGAGUUGUGAUGUCAUGAUCAGUGCCGUUGUGGCACCAAACCAUAUUUUCCUUCAGCAAAUUACUCAUCCCACUUACCCAUCACUUGCCCGGCUCGACCACUGCAUGGCGCAGUGUUACAACGAGUUUGUCACACCGGGCUUGCCUACUCCAAUUCGACCAAGCAUGGUCUGCGCCGCUCCUUCUAUGGACGGCUGGUACAGAGCCAAAGUUGUGGCUGUGUAUCCGAGAGCGUCUCAUGUAGCUGUAACCGAAAACGAUGAAAAGCGAGAAGUAACAGGAGACGUUGAUUACACUGCAAACACAGUAGCGGUUUUCGAUCCAGCAUUGGAAAUCUCUGAAAACGAAGACGAAUAUGACGUAGAUAUUUGUUUUGUCGACUACGGUGGAUACAGCAGAGUGCCGGCCUCAUCUCUACGUCAAAUCCGUGCAGACUUCAUGACGCUACCUUUCCAAGCCAUCGAAUGUCUGUUAGCAAAUGUCGCCCCAGUGUCAGAAGAAGGUUGGACGGCUGAAGCAUACGAAGAGUUGGAGAGUCUGACGAGAGACAAAAUCUUCCAGGGCCAAGCAAUGGCUUACAGUCUUGAAGGUUUGCCACUUGUCUACCUCUAUCAAAUGGACUCGGCAGAGGAAACACUCAUCAACAGGCAGCUGGUCAACCGAGGCGUGGCUCAAUGGGUCGAACCUCAACUGGUCUCCAAUUAGCUUAAAUUGCAAAAAAAAAAAAACACGAACCGUCAUGUUAAAUCCCGUAACAUAUAUUUUUUUUUUUUUAUUUACGUAAAAAGCGCACUUUGGAUGCAUUCGGGUUUUCGGUCGUCAGGUUUAUUAAUUAUUAUUAUCAUACUAAUCUUUUGCGAGCGAUUAUUCAGGAUCUUGAUAUUUUUGGAAUUUUUUUCCCGUGUUGAAUAUUAAUCCGGACCAAGUUGAAUCAUCAUUUACGAGGCAAGACUUUGUUGUU